AUGAAUAACAAACAACAGCCGUCGACGAUAGCCUCUAAACCCGAUCCUAAAACUCCACCCAGAUCGAACCAAACAACAGCCACGAAAAACUCCAACACUACCAAAUCUGGCAUCAGCUACCAGAACCAGUCCUUCUCAGUCACCACGGGCAUCACCGACGCCAAUAACGACAACUUAUCCGCACCUUUCAAAGCCUCCGAAACAUCCUUCUACAUCGGGACCACCACCAACAUCGAUCGCUACACUACCGGCGCAGUUUACAGCUACAAGAAAGACACUUUCUCCACACCGACGACUCGGGAUCCUUUUCUUGACCAGGACGACUUCAAAAUGGGUAUACUGUGUCAUCUUUGUAAUGUGCGAUAUCCGUAUGUGGAGUCGUUGAAUAAUCAUUUGAAGAGAUCGCAUGGUGUUAGGGAGUAUGUCUGA